GUUGUUUUGAUUCAAUAUCUUUGUUGGAAAAUGAGAUUGGUAACAUUAAAAAUGGUUUAGUUUACACGUCGUUCAUUCAUGUGGGUUCCAACCCAUAUUAAUAAACCAGGAAAUUACACGUCAGAUUUGGUAAAUAAGUAAAGUUAAUGCAGUAAUUCAGAAUGAUGGCAGAAAUGGUGGGAAGAGAACAGAAAAGAUGAGACACUAAGCAGGACAACAUGAAGGUGUGACUUUUGUGGGCAAGAAGAUGCAGCUGAACAUGAUGUUCACUGUCCUAAAUAUGAGAAGACAAAGUCACAAUCAGUGGAAAAUUAAUAUAGAGUUUUACAUAAUAUACUUUCUACAACAGAACUGAAAAGUGCAGCCAGAUCCUACUGAAGUAUCGGAAAGAAAAAUAUAGGAUACUUUUAUUUUCUUUUUCUUUUUUUGUAAUUUAGUACCACGUAUGCCAGUCUUCCUCAUCCUUACCAGAUGGUGGCGGUAAUGCACCACGAAUUUUGUUACCAAUUGUCAAUAACAAAGAAGAAGAAGAGACAGUUGUAAGAAGAGGAAAAGCUGUGAACGGAGUGUUUCGGUUUAUGUAAAAAAAACAAAUUCUCUCACCGGAUUCUCUGUUUUAUCUGUUUUUCUUCACUUUUUACUGACGGACACAGUCUCCAGCUCCGUUCUGGUCAUGGCUGUGGACUGGAUUGGCUUCUGUUAUGCUGUUCUAGUGUCAGCUGGAGGAGUCACUGGUUAUGUAAAGGCAGGCAGCACCGCCUCUCUGGCUGCAGGACUCCUGUUUGGCCUGUUGGCCGCGGCUGGUGCUUAUCUGGCAUCUCAAAAUCCAAAGAAUGUCUGGCUGUCACUAGGCACCUCAGGAAGUCUGACUGUCGUCAUGGGACUGCGAUUUGUCAACUCCUGGAAGUUCAUGCCUGCAGGUUUCAUGGCUUUAGCCAGUGGAAUGAUGGUGGUGAAGAUUAUAACUGGGAUGCUAAAGACGCCACACAAGUCUUCAUAAAACUAAAAUCUGUCUAUACAAAUUAUUUUUAUUUGUAAAAUGUGGGGAGCUGAGCUCACUUAAUAUGUCAAGGAUUAUUUUUGCUCGAUUGUAAUUAAAUCAUAUACGCUGCUGUUUGUGUAAAAUGUAUUGUACAUAUGCUGUAUCUGCACCUUUUCACAGUUGAGAAAUAAUAAAUUCACUUUCUUUAAUACAAAAAUAA